AUGUCUGGAACUCAACCCGUGGCUCUCUACGCCCUGCGCGUCCCUCCUGGAGGUGCGCUGAUCCCGGCCCUUCCUGAGGUCGCUGCUAUGUUCCGAGUCAACAUGGCGGCCAUUGACCCCGAUGAGACCCCCGAGUUCGAAGAUGGCGUCGAGAACCAGCGUCCGCGGGCUACUCUGAAGCUCGUCCGUCCUCCCCCCGGCUUGGACUUUGACGAGUCGGAUGAGGAUGAUGAGUUCGAUGAGGAUUCCGAGGAUGAUGAUGAGGUUAACGGCGGUCCUAGCGACAAGGAGCGUGCCCGUCAGCUCAAGAAGGCUGCCGCCCAGAAGGCCUUGGAGGAGGCAUUGGCGGAGGAUGACGAGGACGAGGACGAGGACGAGGAUGACGACGACUUUGACCUGAAGGCGGCUAUCUCGAAGCUUGUCAAGGGCAAGGGCCCCGCCAUGGAGGAUGAUGAAGAUGACGAGUCGGAAGAGGGCUUGGACCUGGACGAGAUGGUCAUCUGCACUCUGGAUCCCGAGAGAAACUUCCAACAGCCCCUCGACAUCACCGUGUCCGAGGAUGAGCGCGUGUUCUUCAAGGUGACCGGUACUCACACCAUCUACUUGACCGGCAACUACGUCAUGCCCAUGGAUGAGCCCCAGGACGACUCCGAUGAGGAGGAUGAGGAUGACUACGACCUCUCCCCCGACGAGGAUGAGCUCGACAUGGACCUCAUGGACGAGGAUGAGGAGAGCGACGACCUGGAUGACCUGGAGAACCCGAGAAUCACCGAGGUCGACAGUGAGGAGGAUGCCCCGAAGCUGGUUGAGGCCAAGGGCAAGGGCAAGGGCAAGCGCGCCGCCGCCGAGGCCGAGAGCCUCGACGAUCUCAUGGCCAAGGAGGCCGAGGCCUCGAGCAAGAAGCAGCAGAAGAAGGUGAAGAAGAACAACGGUGACGCCGCCCCCGUCGAGCAGAAGAAGGAGGGCAAGGAGGCCAAGAAGGUCCAGUUCGCCAAGAACCUGGAGCAGGGCCCCACCCCGUCCGCCCAGGACAAGAAGCCUGCCGAGAAGUCCACCGGCACCCUGGGUGUCAAGGAGAUCAAGGGUGUCAAGAUCGAUGACAAGAAGCUGGGAAGCGGUGCCGCCGCCAAGAGCGGUAACACCAUUGCCAUGCGUUACAUCGGCAAGCUCGAGGAUGGCAAGGUCUUUGACUCCAACAAGAAGGGCAAGCCUUUCACCUUCAAGCUGGGCAAGGGUGAGGUCAUCAAGGGUUGGGAUAUCGGUGUCGCCGGCAUGGCUGUCGGUGGUGAGCGCCGCAUCUCCAUCCCCCCCAACCUUGCCUACGGCAAGAAGGCUCUCCCCGGCAUCCCCGGCAACUCGAAGUUGAUCUUCGAUGUCAAGCUGCUGGAGAUCAAAUAA